AUGUCCAGCUCUGCUCCUUCAACAAGUACAGCUCCACCUCCCAACGGAGGCGCAUCCUCCUCUUCCGGGGCAGCAGCAGCAGCGCCAGAGCGUCCUGCCUCGCCAGAGAUUCCAGAAGACAUCCUCAAUGCCUCCAUCGACGAGAUUCACACCCGCACAAGACUCCUAGACAAUGACGUCAAGGUGAUGAAGUCGGAACAUAUGAGGCUCAUACAUGAACAGACGGCAAUGAAGCAAAAGGUGGCAGAGAAUGCAGACAAGAUUAGACAGAAUAAGAUCCUGCCCUAUCUCGUGGGCAAUGUAGUAGAGAUCCUCGAUAUAGACCCAGACGUCGACGAAGACGCCGAUGAGCCCACCUCUGCCGUCUCUGUACCCCCCACAGUGGGCAAGCGACCCAAGUGCGCCGUAAUCAAGACUUCCACCCGCCAGACCAUCUUCCUCCCCAUCAUCGGCCUCGUCGAGUCUGACGCUCUCAGACCUGGAGACCUCAUCGGUGUGAACAAGGAUUCGUACCUCAUCCUGGAUAAGCUACCUGCAGAGUACGACUCAAGGGUAAAGGCAAUGGAGGUAGAUGAGAGGCCUACAGAGACGUAUAGUGAUAUCGGUGGAUUGGACAAGCAAGUAGAGGAGUUGGUGGAAGCCAUCGUGCUGCCCAUGCAACAGGAGGAGAGGUUCAAGAACUUGGGCAUCAGGCCACCGAAGGGAGCUCUCAUGUACGGCCCACCGGGUACAGGAAAGACGCUGCUAGCCCGAGCGUGCGCAGCGCAGACAAAUGCCUGCUACCUCAAGCUAGCCGGUCCCUCGCUGGUGCAAAUGUUCAUCGGUGACGGUGCAAAGUUAGUACGUGACGCCUUUGAAUUGGCAAAGGAAAAGGCACCCGCCAUCAUCUUCAUUGAUGAAAUCGACGCCAUCGGUACCAAGCGUUUCGACUCGGACAAGUCGGGAGAUCGCGAGGUUCAACGUACCAUGCUUGAGCUGUUGAACCAACUGGACGGAUUCUCUUCAGACGCUAGGAUCAAGGUCAUUGCCGCCACCAAUCGUAUCGACAUCCUCGACCCCGCCCUGUUGCGCUCUGGUCGUCUAGAUCGAAAAAUCGAAUUCCCCCUUCCUACAGAGCAAGCCCGCGCGAGGAUCAUGGAGAUCCACUCUAGGAAAAUGGCAGUAGGACCCAAUGUCAACUUUGAGGAACUGGCAGGGUCCACCGAUGAAAUGAAUGGAGCACAACUAAAGGCAGUUUGUGUCGAGGCGGGAAUGCUGGCACUCAGAGAGGGAGCGACGGUGCUUGAUCAUGAGCAUUACAUGGGAGGCAUAUUGGAGGUACAGGCAAAGAAGAAGAAUGAGCUAUUCUACUUUGGAUAG